GACAGAGGGAGGGAGGGGGCUCCAGCUCGCGCUCACAUACACAACACAACUACAGCCACGUAAUAUUCAUCCACGGGGGUUUACGGGAAUAAAAAAUAUUAUAGGCUAAUCGACAGAGUUUUUAAAAAUCAGGAUGGCAUUUCCUGUAGAUAUUCUGACAAAUGUGGAUCAUGAGACCUUAGAGCUAACAGCUGUGGAAUACAUGUCUCAGCUCCCCUACAAAAAAACUGAGUACUUCAGCCUCUCUGAUUCCAAACAGAUAGAAAUUGGACUCUGCAAUGUGAGUUUUGUCCCUCUAUAUGGAACAGAUUCUGAAAAAAAGCUCCUUGCGUUGUUCUCACCUGAUGACUCUAACACAGUUGUAGGUCUAUAUUUGCUGGAUCGUUGGUGGGGGGUUGAAGAUGUUCUUAAAACAGCAGAGCCCUCAAGAACAGGCCUGAACAAGGUCAGCACACUUGGGGAAAGGAUAGCCCUAUAUGUUCUCAACAGAAUUGUGUUGAGAAACGAGAAGAGCAGUGAAGAUGUUUUCUUUCUCUGUCAUUGUGAGCAUGAAGCUGCAAAAAUACUAUGGAAGGAUGGAGAGGCCAUUGGCUUUUACUCAUUCAAACCCAAAGGUAGCUUAUGCAGAAACUUCUUGACCCAAUGCUAUCAACUUCCUAUAAUGGAUACAGUAUUUGUCAGGAAGUGUCACCGGGGCCAGGGUCAUGCCAUAAAGAUACUGGAAGACUUUGUUGGUAGCUUCAGGAAUGAGUACAUAGGGUUAAAAUAUCCUCUUUCAGAAGCUAUGUAUAAAGUUUGUGAAAAGUACUUCAGUAUAUAUCCAGCAGACAAGGAGCUUCUGUGGGAAGUAGAGCAUACAGGAAGCCCUUUCCAGAGAACUCUAAUAGCCAACAGGCUACAGAAGUUGAAGCUAAAGGAGAAGGACCAGGUUGUGAGCGAACUGAAUUUUGACGUAGAUGAUGCCACUGCUCCAAUGGAAAUUGAGAUCACAAAGAUUCAGGAAAUCACUGAAUAUACAAUGGAGAUUGUGGAGGAGACCAUCAUAGACAUCACUAAAGAAGUGGAUGACAUACCUGUCACAAGGCGUGGCAGAGGUAGCAACCUGAGACGAAGAGUUAUCAGAGAAAAUUCAGAGGAGAGGCUUUCAGAGAACAUAAUCAGGGUGGAAGACAUUGAGGCAGGAGUAGAAAGUUCAGUCGAGGUGGCAGCCUUGGAAAAUCUUAACACUUUUUCUGUAAAAGAAUCAGAAACAGUACUCAGGAGCUCAGUAGACACAGUAACUGCAACUGUGACAAACCUUUCAGAGUUUAGAGGAUCACAAAAAGAGGAGACACAUGAAAUUGAAAAAGACAUUGUCACAGCUACAUCCGAGGGGAGUCCAGUCACCCACCUCACCACAGCUGGGGAAAUAAAGAACCAAAGAGGUAGUAAAGAGGAAUGUGAAAUGGUUAUUAAUGAGUACACCGUAGAUAUACAAGGAGCCACUAUAGGAUCUAUUGAUCAAAGCCAACCUCAGUCUGUUGUGGACGUAGAAAUUGUUAAGAUGAGUACAGGAACUGAAGAAAAAAAUGAAAAUUUAGGGAAGAACGAAGAGGUUGAGCAAGAUGAAUCAGUGUGUGAGGCAGAGAUGGAGGAAAUAAAACAAAUGUCAGAUGAACCAAAAGAGGAAAAAACUGUGAGUGAGACCGAGGUGGCUGAGCAAUCAGAGACUCAUGCUAAAUCAACUGAAAAAGUACAAGCACACUGGGAUAUGGGAAUAACAGAGAAUAAAGAAAAAGCAGAAGAUGAGGUUAUGGCAGAAAGUGAAAAGGACCUAAUUGAGAAAAACAGAGAUGACAACACAGGCCAAAAGAAAAGUGAACCAAUAGAUGAAGACACAGUUCUGCGACAGUCAGUGGAUGUUGAAGACCAGACAGAGAUGGAGGCAGAGUCUGUGAGAGAGGUCCUUACUACUGAAGAGGUCUUAUGUGACCAGCCCAAACAAAAUGAAGCGGAAACAGAAGUCUCUGAACCAAACCAAACAAUGACAAACAAGGAUACACUAAUUGAAAAAGCAAGUAAACAUAUAUUAGGCCCUGAUGAGGCAGAACAAGCCUUCAACAAGAGCAAAUUACCCCAAAAGAGAACAUCAGGUUUAACUUCUUCAAGGAGGUCCAAAAGACUCAGGCAUCAGCCUGCUGAAAAAGAUCUUACAACUACACAGUCUGUGAAAACAGGCCAACAAGGAUCCAAAUAUCACAGCAAAGUAAUGAUGCAAGAUAAAGAUACUGAACAAUCAACAGAUGAACCUGAACAUGAUAUUUCUGAGGUUAUGGAAAAGAUACAUGAAACUCAAAUUGAAAAUAAGGCAGACGCAGAGUCUGAGGUUGAGGAAUACAAAGAAAAACACAUGCCUACAGUGGAAACUGUGUCUUCUAUGGACGAUGAAAUUACACAGGUUGAGGAAACUGUAUUUCCUGAAGUUUCUUUAUUAGUGGAAAGAAAAGAAACAGAUCAAGAAGAAGCACCAUCUGUAGAGCCUUCUGAGAUACAGGAAUCAAAAACAACACCUAAAGAGGAUGAGGAGACAGUGGAGAACAGCACUGUGACGUUGACAUUGAGUGAAGCCAAAGUUGUGCUUGUAGAUCUGCAUGAACUUUCUCCUAAUGAGGCAGGUGAUAAUCAUGGAGAGAUCAGAAUUCCUGAACAAGAGGAAAUGAAACUCACCAUGUCAUCUGAGCUACAAGCAACUGAAGAAAAUUUGAGAAAAGAAGAGCAAGAUGGUACAUUAGAUCCCAAACCUAUGGAAGAACCACCUUGUACUACUACAACAGAAGGAUAUGUUGUAGCAGCUGAUGCCAACAGAACACCAGAACAAUCAACUGCAUAUAAAGAUCAAGAGUAUGAGCCAGAAUCAGAAACCACAGAGGCUGCUCUUCUAAGCCAAGUUGAGAAACCAGAGAAAACAGACAUUGAACAAGAUAAAGAGGAUAAGCAAGAUUUGUAUAAGGCAGACAAGUUUCCCAAACAAGGCAAACAAACUCAAAAGAAAGGCUCUAUUGACAUCCCAAGUAGAUCCACAAAGCUUAAAGAUCAGCCUGUUUACCCUGGGGAGACAGUUAGAUGUCUUAGGAGCACUUUGAAACCAGUCCAGAUCACCCCUGUUAGGAGAUCUACACGUAGCAAAGCAGUUAUUCAACAGGAAAGUGUUGAGCCUCAAGUUGAUGUAAAACUCAGGACUGAUGAAAACCCUGAGAGGGGUCAACUUCUUGCGGAGGAUGUAAGUCCAGAGGAAAAUGAUAUAGCAAAAGCAAAUGAUGAAUGUGGAAGCUCUGAACUUCUUAGAGCUGCAGAAAUAGAUGAUAAAGAGAAAGAACCUCAGAUUACAAAGGUUACUGACGAAAUCCCACUUAUAGAAACAGAAGCUAAGGAGGAUGUAUUAGAAAAAAGAGUUGAAGACAUCAAAACUAUUGAGAACAAGGAAGCAAAUUUAGCUGGACAAUUGGACAGUGAAAAAGAGAUGAGCAGUCUAGGUCAGGAGGUACAUGUCCAGGUAGAAGAGGUGCCAAUCAGCACAGAAAGACAUCUCAGACAUAGAACAAUAAGAGUUCAGACUCCACUGAUAAAGAAAUCUAGAUGUGUACAAAAACUAAAAGCUGAAGCAAAUGUUGAACAUCAGGAAAUACACACAUUGGUGAGCAAGAAUAAAACUGAUACAAUUUUGAUGACAAAAGAGGGAGAGGAUGAAAUGGAUAAAGAUGUCAACAAGAUGAAGAACAAAGAAGAA